GGUUCUCGGUUCGCACUCGGCAGCACAGGCAGGCGAGUGGCCCCCGGUUCCGGGAGCAGAGCAGCAGAGCCCCAGUCCUGGUCCUCCGGCCACACGCCUCGCCUGCCCGCCCAGCGCCAGGAUGGCCACCAUCACCUGCACCCGCUUCACAGAAGAGUAUCAGCUCUUCGAGGAACUGGGAAAGGGAGCCUUCUCAGUGGUACGCAGGUGUGUGAAGGUGCUGGCUGGCCAGGAGUAUGCUGCUAAGAUCAUCAACACCAAAAAGCUCUCAGCCAGAGACCAUCAGAAGCUGGAGCGCGAAGCUCGCAUCUGCCGCCUACUGAAACACCCCAACAUCGUCCGGCUUCACGACAGCAUCUCUGAGGAGGGACAUCAUUACCUGAUCUUCGACCUGGUUACUGGUGGGGAGUUGUUUGAGGACAUCGUGGCCCGGGAGUAUUACAGUGAGGCUGAUGCCAGCCACUGUAUCCAGCAAAUCCUGGAGGCCGUGCUGCACUGCCAUCAGAUGGGUGUGGUGCACCGGGACCUGAAGCCGGAGAAUCUGUUGUUGGCCUCCAAGCUCAAGGGCGCAGCGGUGAAGCUGGCGGACUUUGGCCUGGCCAUAGAGGUAGAAGGGGAGCAGCAGGCAUGGUUCGGGUUCGCAGGGACGCCGGGAUACCUCUCCCCAGAAGUGCUGCGGAAGGAUCCAUAUGGGAAACCUGUGGACCUGUGGGCCUGUGGGGUCAUCCUCUACAUUCUGCUGGUUGGGUAUCCCCCAUUCUGGGAUGAAGACCAGCACCGCCUGUACCAGCAGAUCAAAGCUGGCGCCUAUGAUUUCCCAUCACCAGAAUGGGACACCGUCACCCCGGAAGCCAAGGAUCUGAUCAAUAAGAUGCUGACCAUCAACCCAUCCAAACGCAUCACGGCUGCUGAAGCCCUCAAGCACCCCUGGAUCUCGCACCGGUCCACCGUGGCCUCCUGCAUGCACAGACAGGAGACCGUGGACUGCCUGAAGAAGUUCAACGCCAGGAGAAAACUGAAGGGAGCCAUCCUCACAACUAUGCUGGCUACCAGGAACUUCUCUGGAGGGAAGAGUGGAGGAAACAAAAAGAAUGAUGGUGUGAAGAAAAGAAAGUCCAGUUCCAGCGUUCAGUUAAUGGAAUCUUCAGAGAGUACCAACACCACCAUUGAGGAUGAAGACACCAAAGUGCGGAAACAGGAGAUUAUAAAAGUGACAGAGCAGCUGAUUGAAGCCAUAAGCAAUGGAGAUUUUGAGUCCUACACGAAGAUGUGUGACCCUGGGAUGACAGCCUUCGAACCUGAGGCCCUGGGGAACCUGGUCGAGGGCCUGGACUUCCAUCGAUUCUAUUUUGAAAACCUGUGGUCUCGGAACAGCAAGCCUGUGCACACCACCAUCCUGAACCCCCAUAUCCAUCUGAUGGGCGACGAGUCGGCCUGCAUCGCCUACAUCCGCAUCACGCAGUACCUGGAUGCAGGUGGCAUCCCCCGCACGGCCCAGUCGGAGGAGACCCGCGUCUGGCACCGCCGGGACGGCAAAUGGCAGAUUGUCCACUUCCACAGAUCUGGGGCGCCCUCCGUCCUGCCCCAUUGAAGGACCAGCCUGGGGACCCUGUACCACAGAGAUUUACUCUUCGUUCAUGGAAUGUGGCUGCUGGUUCUCCCACUUGGAUUUUGCUGGAAUUCCCCCAAUCACGUCACCCCCCCACCACCACCAUCGUCACCAUCACCGCCACACCUGCGUCAAGAAAACCCGCCUGCUCCCAAAAGCUGUCACGACUUCCGAGCAAAUGGCCACAUCUCCCUGCCACCAACCAUCUGCCUCUCUAGCUCUCUGUCCCCUGCCAGGGCGGGGCUUCCUCAGGCCUGGGUGCCCUGGGUGCUGGCUCCGAGGACUGCCCCCCUUACUCCUGGCUGUUGUCAGCCUGGCCCGGCCUUGGCUGUAGGCCAGAAUGCCCAACUGUGUGUCCCCCAUGGGCGAAGGAGAAAGAGAGGCGGAAUCAGGAGGAAUGUGGCAUCUGCCCCCCAUCUCCCUGUCUCUCCCUUCCAGGGCCCCCCCAGACCCCUGAGCCAGCCUCCCCCGUGGGAGAAGGUGAGAGAGGAGCAGACGCCAGGAGUCCCCACCUGCACAGCCUCCUGGCUCUUCUCCCACCCUGGCCUGUCCUCUCGUCCCCAUGGACCCCUCCCCCUCAGUGUGUGGAGCACGAUCCUCUCAGGGUGCCCCCACCCUCUCCUUCUGCCUUCGGCUGACGUUUACCUCCAGAAGUAAUGCCCAUUCCACCCUUCUAUCAGUCCUGGAGAAUUCCAGCUCCAUCCCAUCCGAGGGAGAGAAUCCAAUUGCUUCUGGGGGGCGGGGGCAAAGAAGGCAACGUUUAGGUACCACUUCUACUUGGACCGCAUGCCUUUUUAUAGCCAAACCUCUGUGUGUUUCGUAAAUCGAUUUUGCGUUAAUGGAUAUUUAUGUAAUAACCAAGCCUCUCAAAUUAUGGUGAGGAGGGUCAGGAUGGGUUGAGGGGUGAGGGGUAGUUUCUUUCCGUUCUAGGUCUUUUUUUUUUUAACGUCAUCUCGGAGAUGCCCUCUGUCACCUGUGGUUAUUAUCUGGGGCCGAGGUGGACUCAGUCCUGGGGGGAAGGGCAUCGCUGACAUUUUGGUCUCCAGGUUCCUCCCAGGACUGUAGAAACACCAGAUGUUAGUGCUAAGAAACAGCAAAUCAGGGCAGAGAGAGUGGGGGAGGUUGUCAGGACGGAAAUAUCUUUUUUUUUUUUUUUUUUGCUUGCCUCCCAAACUGAGGUUCCUACUAGGAUGCUUCCCAGCUUCCCAGGAUUUCAUCCCACCGCAUCUGUGUGCCCCCCCAAGCCCUCCCCCCAGCUUUCGGGGGUUUCACGAGCAUGUGUCUUCAUUUCCUCUCCCCUCCGCAUCUGCUGGUCCAAGCAGAGCACUAGAAUUUCUCCUCUUCAUGCCUCGUCCUGCAGCCGUGGGUUCAAAUCUCUCUCUCUUUCUUUUCCUUUCUCUUUCCCUCUUCCUCGGGAUUGACUCUGAUGUGGAAUGCGUUGGCACAUCCACUAGGAUCUACUGUCUGCACUGUUUUCUUUGCAUGACUUUAUAUGCAGUAAGUAUGUUCAAAAAAAAAGAAAAGAAGAAAAAACACUCAGCAAAACCAAUCUACAUGUUUUGGACAAAAAAAAAAAAAAUAGAGGUUGUAUUCUCAGUGUCCGACUCGGAAUUAUGUUGCCGCCUCUCUGUGCUUUUGGCCUCUGUGUGGCCGUGUUUUGCCAGCAUGAGAUACUGUCCCCUCUGGAGGAUUUUAGGGGAGGAAGAGCCACAUCCCCAGGGAUUUGGAGGAGGCGCUGGAUCCCCUGAACCUCUGGGGAGUCCUGGGUGUUGGCUGGAGGACUGGUGGGGAUGUCCGAUCCGGGGCUGAGUUUUCCCUGGUCCUGAGAUGUCUGCUGCUGCCCUGGGGACAGGUGAGGCGGGCUGUGCUGGGGCUGCAGGCCAGGAAAGAGGCUGCCUGGGCUUCCUGCUCUCCAGACUGGUUGAUCACCGGCCUCUAUCCUUGGCACACACCCUGCUGCCGAGGCCCAGGGGCAGGAACUUGGCCCUGCCCCGGGUCCAGAGGGCUUCCCAGCGAGGCCCAGCGAUCCCAGCAUCCCAGCAGCAAAACUGCCCGCCUCCCUUGCGAGUUGCCAGGGGCCCCCACAGCAGUCCCCAAGCCAAAGGUGAGGGUGUGGCCUUCACAGGGGAUGCUGCAAUUCCAGACCAAGUCUGGUCCCAUUCUCAGCCUCCGUUUCCCCAUCAGUUAAAGGGUUAAAUAUUCCUGCCCAAUCUAUGUUGCAGGGCUGAUGGGGGAUCAAGCGGGAAGGUCAAGUGAAGCCCAAUAUACCUGUGAGAACUGACAGGGUUAGCCACCGGCUGGAUUCCUGCUUCGUUCUGGGCCUGGCCAGCCCGCCUCCACUCUGCCACCUGCCCCUCAUUCCCCUCUUUGGUGCCUGUCAACUGCUUGUUAGCAGUGGACCGUGGGGAAAGAGCCAUGCUUUGGGGUUUAGUAGGAUUCCAUUCCCAGUUCUGAUCAGACCUGCUUUUCCUGUCUGGCCCUGGGUUUUUCUGCCAGGGGGAACUGAGUGGAGUACCCCAAAGUCCUGAUUUUUAAUUGCUGACAUGCCUCCUAUCCACUGUGUCCCACUCCAAGUGCCAGAGAAAUGGAGGCAGGUUCCUACCCCAGGAGGAAACAGCCCCAUGAAGAAGGACACUCCUGUGAGUGGGUGGGUAGUCAGCCAGUGUGGACCACAGGGCACCAGCAUGAUCCUGAGGCAGCACGCAGGGGAGGCUGGCAGACAAAGUGGUCCAGGGCCCACCCCCACCAGUCAGUGAAACUCUGCUCCUCUAAAAACAUCCUGUAGAUGCAAAAAAUCCAGACCUAAGACCAGACCCAGGCUCCAGCAUGCGAACACCUCUAUAGGAACAUGUUCUCCCAGGAUCGUGCACACUGUAGCGCUAAUCCUGACCCACGGCCUCCCGUCUCCCAAGGGGAGACCCUUUGGGGGAUGUGUUUGCCAGACUCCCCGUGCUGGUUUCUUUGUUACUAUUUGUUUGGGGAUUUGUUUCAGUUCUUUUCUUUUCUUUUCUUUUUUAAAUAUGUGGCUGUGAACUUGAAUGACCACUGCUCAAAACUUCUGCUACUGGGAGGGAGGGGGGAAGAAGGGGUGUCUGUUUUACUGGUGUUUUCAGUGCAAUAAAUAGCUACCAACUUCUGUGCA